UGUUGCCAAUGUCUGUCCUUCGUCCCUUCCACGUUCCUGCCACCACCAACAAAGCACAAAGAAGAAACGGCAACUUUCAUACUCCAACUUUCAACAAAGUCAAUAAAGAGAUCCACGAUCGUGAUCGAUCAUUGCCUUGGAACUUUUUCAGAGCUCAGAGCACAGCAACAACAGACCAGCUAGCAAAAUAGACAACCAAAUAAUGUGGGAUUCUGCUCCCCCUCUGUCCGUCUUGGAAUCGUCCAUCUCGAAUCCUGAAAGUCCAAUUGGUAUGCGAAUGCGCGCUGCGUACUUUUUGAAGCAACUGUACAGCAAUGCGAGUACUGGUAGCAAUGACAGUAGUAGUGAUGUGCAGCAACGAGUGAUUGCCAGUUUGACAUCCGGGUUAAAGGAUACCCAUCACGGAUCUCUGAUGCGCCACGAGUACGCGUACGUGAUGGGUCAGUUGGGCGACGAACGGUGUUGUCCCGUGCUCGAGCAAAUCUUGGAGAAUGACCACGAUUGCGCCAUGGUCCGCCACGAAGCCGCCGAAGCGUUGGCGGCCAUUGGAUUCGACAAGAGUCGGAGUGUCUUGCAACGCACACUUUUGCACAGUCAAGAACAACAGCAAAUCGAAGUCUACGAGACGUGCUUGCUGGCCUUGAAUGUCAUGGAUUGGAGGUUGCAAAACAAAGACAAAAAUGAAACAACGGCGGAAACAAACUUCAAGACAGAAGCUCCCGUUGGAUGUGCGUGCAUGUUGAAUCCUUAUUCGUCCGUGGAUCCAGCACCUCCUCAUCCGGCGCAUGCCAAUUUGAGUUUUGAGGAAUUGGGGGAUAUUCUGUGCAAUCCUGAUCGUUCCAUUUUUGAUCGUUAUCGUGCCAUGUUUUCACUGCGCAAUCGAGGAGGCGAACCAGCGGUACUCCAACUCUGUCGAGCACUGGAUGACGACCUACGAAAGCACACGUCUGCCUUAUUACGGCAUGAAGUGGCCUAUGUCUUGGGACAAUUGCAACAUCCCGCUUCUGUACAAGCAUUGGAACAAUCACUCCGAUGCACUCGAGAACACAUGAUGGUUCGACACGAAGCCGCAGAAGCUUUGGGAGCCAUUAUGGAAGGGGCAUGGGAUCAAGUCGAACCCAUUCUAAAAGAAUUCCAGAACGAUCCAAAUCCGGUCGUUCGAGAAAGCUGCUUGGUGGCACUGGAUGCUGCUGAUUAUUGGGGACAAUCAACUACCAAUGACGACAAUAGUCCACAGCAGCAUGACAAUAAUCACGAAAACAAGGAAACUACGUCUACUUUUGCGCAAGAAAAGGCAUUGGCCACCAGCUUUACCACCAACAGCCAGGACAUUAAUAAGAACCAAGCCAUCCUCAAUCAACAUUUCAACAUUCAACCGAAUACUGGAGAUUGAGCCAACUAACUACAUGUAUACAGAUCUGAGUCUCGGGUCGAGUUGCUUUCAUCCUCGCCUAUUUUAGAAUAUUUGCUCCGAUGAGCUAAUACACACAGGCAAACGGCUCGUUAUUAAAAUACUAAACUAAAAAUAUGUAGUAGAAGCACUGCAUGGUUUUCGAC